AGCCCGACUCGUUGGGUGCAUCAGCGCUUCACUCGCUUGUGACUUGAAUUUUAAUCGUGUUGCAGGUCGCCUCUUUUUCGCCACUGUCAUCUGCGCUGCGCCCGGCAAGAAAUAAAGGAAGCGGCAAAGCAGACCAACAUAUAUAAGGAGCCUUCUAUGCAUGCAGCAGUGACACAGGUGUGCACCAUGACAGAGUUGCCCACUCAGACAACGGCACAGGAGGAGCAGGACACGAGGCCGCCGCCGCCACCACCAUUGCCCCCCACCUCGCAGACCCAUCUGUGGGACAAACUGAGGCAGAUCGUGUUGACAGUGGGCUGCAGCAUCUGCUUUUGCCUCAUUUCCCAAAUUCUGGGCGUCUGGGCGCUGUACAUAUGCAAUGGUUAUGGAGCAUUUUCAGCGGCACAUAAAGUUCUGGAUCUCUUGCAGUACCUCUUAUCACCAGUAGAGGAACACAAUUCUGCGCAAGAUGAGAGGUCUCCCACGUUGCAGAAGGAACUUUGGAAGCUGGAGAGCUUGUGCCCUUUGAUGGCGACAGUAUUUCUGGGAAUUGUCAUUUUAGGAAUUGGGAUCCUGCAUUGCCUCAAAGUCUUUGCCCCCAGCCCACCUUUUACUUUCCCCGAUGACAGACGCCAGUCGAUGAGCCGCCAGCCGUCAUUCACUUACUCUGAAUGGACUGAUGCCAAACAGGAGGACUUCUUCGACUUGGAUCCUGUGCCGGAGACCCCCGUGUUCGACUGCUUCAUGGACAUAAAGCCCGAGUCUGAUCCAGCGACACUAACAGUCAAGCCUGUGGGGCUGCAGGAAAGGAGAGGCUCCAACGUCUCCCUCACCCUGGACAUGUGUACACCAGGCUCGACGGAGCCCUACGGGUCAGUGCUGUCCCCUCGAGAGCAGUCGGCCAGAGAGUACCUGCAGAAGGCUUCCAAUGUCCUCACCGCCAUGGAGCUACACGAGAGAGCCAUGGACUCCUUCACUCUGCAGGCUGAGUUUUUUGAAACUCCAAUGAACUUUGUGGACCCAAAGGAAUACAACAUCCCCGGAGUGGUGAGGAAGAACCGCUAUAAAACUAUCCUCCCAAAUACCCACAGCAGAGUGUGCCUUAAAUCCACAGAAGAAGAUGAUUUCCUCAGCACGUACAUCAACGCCAACUACAUACGGGGCUACGGUGGAGAGGAAAAGGUGUACAUAGCUACUCAGGGACCAACGGUCAACACUGUCAGCGACUUCUGGAGGAUGGUGUGGCAGGAGCAGUCACCAAUUAUCGUCAUGAUCACAAACAUUGAGGAAAAAAAUGAGAAAUGCACAGAGUACUGGCCAGAAGACAGUGUGACCUACGAGGGGAUCGAGAUAACCAUCCAGCAGGUCAUCGAAGCUGACGACUACAGCCUCAGGCUGAUCACCCUGAAGUGCAAUGGAGAGAAGAGGAGUCUGCGGCACUACUGGUACACUUCUUGGCCCGAUCAGAAGACCCCAGACAAAGCUCCGCCCCUCCUGGAGCUGGUACAGGAAGUUGAAGAGGCGUGCCAACGGGAAGAGGGCCACGGUCCUGUCAUUGUUCACUGCAGUGCAGGAAUCGGACGGACUGGCUGUUUCAUUGCCACCUCCAUUUGCUGUAAGCAGCUCAAGAACGAAGGCGUCGUGGAUAUCCUAAAGACAACCUGCCAGCUGCGCUUGGACCGAGGAGGGAUGAUCCAGACCUGCGAGCAGUACCAGUUUGUCCACCACGUCCUCAGCCUGUAUGAAAAGCAACUGUCUUGCCAAGUAGAGGAAUAAGAAGCAGCAGGGCAGCCGCCUUCUUCUACAGCCAAAGGGAUUUCUGGGAAAAGGACUCAAACGCAGCCGGCUUCUUGGUGAACGACAGUCAUCCACAGAGACUUGACCGGGGGUGUGGACCCCAAAGCUUCUCAUCGUCUUCGUUUUACACUCUCAUGACAAGUGAGGUGGACAGCAAGAGGGUCACCAGAUGGCUUUAUCUAAGAGACGAGAGUCCUCCAUCGUACUAGAUGACACAGAAGAGAAUCAAUGCUUUCUUUUUUCUAUUUCUUUUUCUUUUUGUUUCACUCUCCCUGCGUAAUGCUUCUGAUUUG